AUGGAGCGCACCGAAUCCGAGGAUAGCAGCUCUACGCUGUAUAAAGUUAUGGUAAACCGUAAAAUUGUCGAGAAGGUGCAGAUGAAUAUGAACACUAGUGCCGCCCCUUCACUAAUCGCCCAUAGUGGGGCAGCGUGCUCCAACCGGGCUCCUGCCGACUGCGACGAGUCACAUGAAAUUGAACGGCUUCGAAAGGAGAACCAACUGCUUGAGCAGAAGUACCAGGACACUUUUGAAGCGCUUGACAAGGUGAGGCAGACGGCCCUAGAAGCUUCCGAACGAGCAUUGUCUCGUGAGUUCAGGAUCGCCUUUCUUGAAAAGGCGUUGCACGGCUGUGAAGUGAGCCUCAACGAGGCUAAGGACGCGUUGCAUGAGCACGAUAAAGGUAUGCAAAAGGUGAAGCGGGAAACGCAGAAAGAAUUGGGGGUGCUGCAGUCGCAGGUGGAGCGGCUCAACGCCAUGGUGGUGGAGAAGGACGCUCGCAUUCUGGAGCUGAUAAAUGAUUUGACUCGCCACCGCAACACCGUGAAUGAGCUCACGCAGCGCAAGAGUGACUUGCUAAAGCAGCUUAAAGACAUGUGUGAGAAGUUGAACACCGUGGUGUGGGAAACCAACCAGAGGGAGAAGCUGCUCAACAACGUGGAGAGUGAGCUCCGCAAGCGUGAGAUGGAGCGGCAGGCAGCUUUCCUCAGUGAGGUUACACGCAGCAAGCGUCUGAUGGUUGGAAUAAAGGUGAAGGAGAACAUGUUGAACCAGAUAAUCAGCACAAAGAAUAAGAAAAUUAGCGAGCUCGAAAAACAUGUACAGAAGCUGUUAGCCAAGAUUUCACGCAUAAACGGCGUCUUUAACGACAUCAAUUUCGGUAUGGAGAGCCCGAUAGCUCUUAACACGUGCGAGAACCAGUGCAGCCAAGUUGAGUGCAACCUUGCAUCACCAUGUAACGUGCAAGUGCUCUCAGGCCGAGCGAAGGUAUUACUAUGA